AUGAAGGUGAAGGUGAGGAAGAAGAUGAACGUGAAGAAGAAGAUGAAGAUGAAGGUGAGGAAGAUGAUGAAAAUGAAGGUGAGGAAGAUGAUGAGGAUGAAGAUGAGGAAGAAGAUGAAGAUGAAAACGAUGAGUGUGAAGACGGAGAUGAUUGAUAUUUUUCAAUUAAAUGUUGCAUACCAGUUUUGUAUGCAUGCUGAUGUCUGGCCCCAUAAGCAUCAACAAAAAACACACAGUGCAGCUGAAUGUAAGUUAAACAACGUAUCACAAGCACUGCACGUGACGGGCUGGGAUCUCUUCGCAAUCGAAUCCGGUGACUACAACAGCUGUGCCAGGCACUCUACCGCUACACCAUCGCGUCACCCAUAUUGGCUGUAA